AUGUCUUGUAUUGUUUACGUUCAAUCUGUGCUUAUAUCUAUCCCAGUCUGUUCACAACUCUAUAUCUAUCACAAUUUGUUUGUAUCUAUCGCCGUGUGCUUAUUGAUCGAUCGAUUGAUCUAUCUAUCUAUCUAUCUAUCUAUCUAUCUAUCUAUCUAUCUAUCUAGCAAGCCAUGCGCAAGACAUGAACUCUUAUUUUCUUUUUCUUUUGAAGUAGCUUGCUCUCUCAUACUCUUUAUUCCUUUUAAUUUUUGCCUUCUUUCUCUCUCUUUUCCUUUUGGAUUAUUCUCUCUCACUCUCUUUAUUCUUACCAUUUUUGUCUUCUCUCUUUUUAUUUCUUUUUAUUUUAGCUUUCUCUCUUGCACUCUCUUUUCCUUUUCAUUUUCACCUUCUCUCCCUCUCCUUUUUCUAUUAUACUCGCUUUCACUCUCUUUAUUCUUUUCAUUCUGUCUCUCUUACACUCUAUUCCGUUUCAUUUUUACCUUCUUUCUCUCUCUCUUUUCCUUUUGCAUUAUACUCCCUCUCAUUCUCUUUAUUCUUUUCAUUUUAGCUUUCUCUCUUCCACGCUCUUUAUUCCUACCAUUUUUGCCUUCACUCUUUUUAUUUCAUUUCAUUUUAGCUUUCUCUCUCUCUCUAUCACUUUUCAUUUUGUCUUCUCUUUCAUCCUCUUUAUUGACUUUCUUUCAUUCUGUCUUUCUUUCUUUAUUCUUUUUCACUUUUGUCUUUUGUCUCUCUCUACUUCCUUUUCACAUUGGUCUUUCUCUCUCUCUCUCUCUCUCUCUCUCUCUCUCUUCUUUCAUGCCCUAUUUCAUCUUCAAGUGA